CCGUUCCCCCUCGCCCUACCCUGUCCUGUGCUGCCUUAGCUUAGCUUGUUCCUCUCCUGUGCUGCUUUAAUUCGCCUAUCCGUCCCUAGACCCCCCUCUGCAAUGCUGCCGCUGUGGCAGCUCCAAAUUCCCCAAAAACUGUAAAGUCUGAUUCUCAUUUCCUUCACUCUUUCUUGAAGACGCUCAACCUGAGGAUCAAUGGGCCAAGAAACAAGAAUCUGAAAUGGAAAUGGAAUAAUCCAACAAUUGGGAAUUUUUAUUCUGUGACAAGUGGAUACUGAUUGGAUUUAGUGAAGGUGUGAGUGUCCAGUCGGUUCUGCAUGAGGAGGCUUUGCCCCCAACUCCAAAGACUACACCUGAAAUAGUCUCCAUAUCACCAUGGCUGAAGGCACCAAACCAGCCUCCUCUGCAGCCACUGGGUCCAAUGGAGCAACAGCGGCACAGUCGACCUCUCUAAAAUCCAGAGGUCUGGAUCUCCUCAGGACGGUCAAAGUAUCUGUGGAGCUCAUGAUCGCCCUUGUCGCGCUCCUGUCCUGGGUGGUUGUAGGCGUGGUGAUGUUUGACUUUGUCGAAUACAAGGCAGUCCCUGACAUUCAACAAAUCAUUACAGACCCUGUACAAGCAGUAAACGACGCUGUUGAUGAAGUAUCCAGUCUAGUAAAUAAGUUUCAAGAAUGUGCACCUGAUUUAAGUGACCCCACGUCCGUUGCCACGUACACAGCUGAAGAAAUAGGACUAGCAAAAGAUGGAGUCGUUCGAUAUUUUUCAGAUGAGGAUGGCAAUUUCUACCUUAGUUACAUUGACCCUGUGGUCAUUGGAAGACAAGCUUUCCACACUGCUGAUGACUUCAUGAAAGACGUAGGGGGCACCGUCAGGGACACCACAUGUGCUAUGAUAGAUAGUGUAGUUGAUGCUAUAAAGGAUAUAAAUACAGGAGAAACGGAUCUUAGCUACAUAGACCCUGUAGUCAUAGGCAGAAAUGUCUUCAGCGUCACUAAUGAGUUCAUGUGUGGAGUUGGAGGCUCCAUCCAGCAUGUGCUCUGUGCCAUCAUAGACACUAUUUUAGAUGUAGGAAAAGGAAUUUACCAAGGAACCACGGAUGUCAGCUUCGUUGAUCCGGUGGUAAUUGGCAGAAAAACUUUUCAUAUCAGUAAUGACGCUGUAGGAGGAAUAGCGGGUCACAUCCAGGACGUGCUCUGUGCCAUCAUAGACACUAUACUGGACAUUGUUAAAGGAACCACUGACAUUAGUUUCAUUGACCCUGUGGUUAUUGGCAGAAAUGUCUUCAAUGUUACUAAUGACUUUGUGAGUGGAAUAACAGGAUACAUUCAGAGUGUACUUUGUGCAAUCUUGGAUAUAGUCCUGGACAUAGUGAAAGGAACCACUGACGUUAGUUUCAUUGACCCCGUGGUUAUUGGCAGAAAUGUCUUCAAUGUUAUUAAUGACUUUGUGAGUGGAAUAGCAGGAUACAUUCAGGAUGUACUUUGUGCAAUCUUGGAUGUAUUCCUAAACACUGUAAAAGAUAUCAUGGACGCUGUGGGAUUCAGCCCCAUGUCAAUUCUGAAGACAACAGCAGAAAUCACCACAGAACAGAUAAACAUGCUGACAGGCUACCUCUCCACAACACUGAUGGGCGAACAAGGUAUCAUGCCUGAGGUGUCAGUUGAUCCCAUGAAAGUGGUCGAAGACGCUGUGUUGGAGUUCAGCGACAAGAAAGAUUUGUUCGUGGCUUACAUGUCGAGCAUGGUUGUUGGUGAUCAAGGUGAACCUGUUACUACACCAGAUGUCAGUGUAGUAACUGAAAAAGAUGACUCUGCAGCGCCAUCAUCUGAUAUAAAUCUGGUGCAAAGGAAAGGUGAAUUCCUUCCACCUAUUGAAAAAGUUGCAGACAUUGUGCACGAUGCCAAAGAUGAAGCUGCUCCUGCUCCAGAGAUAAGUGAAGCCUCAGAUUUAAAGAUGGAGGAGGGGGAAGCUGAGGUUCCCAUCUCCAGUGAAGCAGACAGCAAAGCAGCAGAGGAAGAUGAUGUGAAACUUGCUGAUGCUGAAGAAGAAAAACAUGAACCAUCUCUGGGAGAUGAUGACCAAGUCCUUGCUGAGGAAGAGGAGGAGAAACAGGAGGACACUGAAGAAGUUCAUGCCACCGAGGAGGGAGAAAUUAUUACUAAGGAGGAUGCAGCAGAUACUGAGGAAGAGGAGGAAAAGGAGGAAGUGGAGAUAAAAGUAGAAGGGAGUUCUGCUGCAGAAGAGGAGGAGGAAUUAAAAACAGAGGAGAAGGAAACAGAAGACCAAAAGGCAGAAGAGGAGGAAGAAGAGGAGACUACAGCAGAAGAUGUGGUAGAAGCUGAGGAGGAAGAGGAGGAGAAGAAGGAAGAAGAAAUAAAAACAGAACAGGUGGUAGAAGAUGAGGAAGAGGAGGAGGAGGAGAAAAAAGAGGAGAUAACAACAGAAGAGGUGGUAGAAACAGAAGAGGAGGAGGAGAAGGAGAAGAUAAAAACAGAAGCCGUGGUAAAAUCUGAGGAGGAGGAGGAGGAGGAGGAGGAGAAGAAAGAGGAAAUAAAAACAGAUGCCGUGAUACAAUCUGAGGAGGAGGAGGAGAAAGAGGAGAUAAAAACAGAAGAUGUGGUGGAAGCUGAGGAAGAUGAAGAGGAGAUUUUAGCUUCUACUGCCACCAUCGAAAAAUAUGUGGUGUCUGAGAAAACAGAGGAAAGCAUGGAAAUAACUGACACAGAUGAAGAACUUCAGGUGGACAUGGUUUUGGAGGAAGAAGAAGACAAAGAAAGAGAAACAGAGGGUGAAGUAGAGAUUAAGGUAGAGGUGGACGAUGACGUUGAAACAGAACCAUCAGUCCAGAAACUUGAUGUGGAACAUCUGUCUGCUGUGAGGCCUGUUAAUGAGAGUGUAUCUGAUGAGGAGGAUGAAGAAGGAGAAGCACCAAUAUCACUGCCUGUUCAUGACCAAGACAUCACUGAAGACCACGAUGAGAACAACAACAACAGCGAGAGGCUGAAAACUGACCCUGAGAGGCUGAAAAGAGCUGCAUCCAAAGCUGAUCGCAAAGACAUACACCUCGAGAAACAGCUCGAGAAAGAUGAAGUAACCCAAUUAUCCAAAGAGGAAGAAGUGGAGAAGCCCUCUGAGAAAAAGAAAGAUUUAUUAGAGCCUGAACUUGAAAAGAAGGAAGCAUCCAAAGACAAAAUUGAGGAGGACAAAAAACCAAAACAAAAGAAAGAAGUAAAGAAAACACCCAAAGAAAAAGAAGAAAAGAAACAUCCAAUACAGGUAAAGAAACUCCUCAAGAAAGAAACAGAAGAAAAGAAACCUCCCAAAGAAAAGGAUGAACUGAAAAAGCCUCAGAAAAAAGUGAAAGAGGAGGAGAAACCUUCCAAAGAAGUAAAAGCUGAAAAGAAACCUCUCAAAAAAGUAAAAGAAGAGAAAAAACCUCUCAAAGAAAAGGGUGAUCUGAAAAAACCUCCAAAAGAAAAAGAGGUGAAAAAACCUCUCAAAGAAAAGGAUGAUCUGAAAAAACCUCCAAAAGAAAAAGAGGUGAAGAAACCUCUGAAAGAAAAGGAAGAAGUGAAGAAACUUCCCAAAGAAAAACAGGAAGGGAAGAAACCUCCCAAAGAAAAAGAAGAGAAGAAACCUCCUAAAGAAAAGGCAGAGGUGAAGAAACCCCCCAAAGAAAAGGAAGAAGUCAGGAAACCUCCCAAAGAAAAAGAAGAGACAAAACCAACCAAAGAGAAGGAAGAAGUGAAGAAACCUCCCAAACAAAAAGAAGUGAAGAAACCUUCCAAAGAAAAAGAAGAGGUAAAGAAAGCUCUCAAAGAAAAAGAAGUCAAGAAACCUCCAAAAGAAGUAAAAGAAGAGAAGAAACUUCCCAAAGAAAAGAAAGAAGUGAAGAAACCUCCCAAGGAAAAGGAGGAAGUAAAGAAACCCCCUAAAGAAGUAAAAGAAGAGAAGGAACCUCCCAAAGAAAAAGAAGAGGUAAAGAAAGCUCCCAAAGAAAAAGAAGUCAAGAAACCUCCAAAAGAAGUAAAAGAAGAUAAGAAACCCCCCAAAGAAAAGAAAGAAGUGAAGAAACCUCCCAAGGAAAAGGAGGAAGUAAAGAAACCCCCUAAAGAAGUAAAAGAAGAGAAGGAACCUCCCAAAGAAAAAGAAGAGGUAAAGAAAGCUCCCAAAGAAAAAGAAGUCAAGAAACCUCCAAAAGAAGUAAAAGAAGAUAAGAACCCCCCAAAGAAAGAAAGAAGUGAAGAAACCUCCCAAGGAAAAGGAGGAAGUAAAGAAGCCCCCCAAAGAAGAAGAAGUGAAGAAACCUCCAAAAGAAGUAAAAGAGAGAAGAAACCUCCCAAGGAAAAAGAGGAAGUGAAGAAACCCCCAAAGAAGAAAAAGAAGAGAAGAAACCUUCAAAAGAAAAAGGAAGAAGUGAAGAAACCCCCCAAAGAAAAAGAAGUGAAGAAACCUCCCAAAGAAAAGGAGGAAAUCAAGAAACCUCCCAAAGAAGUGACAGAAGAAGCAAAACUUGCCAAAGGACCAAAAGAUGAAAUAAAGAAACCUCCCAAAGAAAAGGAGGAAGCGAAGAAACCUCCCAAAGAAGUAAAAGAAGUAAAACCUCCCAAAGAACCAAAAGAGGAACUGAAGAAACCACCCAAGGAAAAGAGGGAAGUCAAGAAACCUCCCAAAGAAGCAAAACCUCCCAAAGAAGAAGUAAAGAAACCUCCCAAAGAACCAAAAGAAGAGAAGAAACCUUCCAAAGAAAAGGAGGACGUCAAGAAAGUUCACAAAGAAAAAGAAGAGAAGAAACCUCCCAAAGAAGUGAAAAAAGAAGCAAAAACUCCCAAAGAAAAGGAGGAAGUAAUGAGACUUCCCAAAGAAAAGGAGAAAGCUAAGAAGCCUCCCAAAGAGAAGGAAGAAGUCAAGAAACCUCCAAAAGAAAAGGAAGAAGCCAAGAAACCUCCCAAAGAAGUGAAAGCAGAGAAGAAACCUUCCAAAGGACCAAAAGUGGACGUGAAGAAGCUUCUCAAAGAAAAGGAGGAAGCAAAGAAACCUCCCAAAGGAAAGGAAGAAGCCAAGAAACCUCUCAAAGAAAAGGAAGACAAGAAACCUCCCAAAGAAGUGAAAGAAAAAGCAAAACCCCCCAAAGAACCAAAAGAGGAAGUGAAGAAGCCUCUCAAAGAAAAGGAGGAAGCAAAGAAACCUCCCAAAGAAAAGGAAGAAAUUAAGAAGCCUCCCAAAGAGAAGGAGGAAGUCAAGAAACCUCCCAAAGAAAGGAAAGAAAAAGCAAAACCCCACAAAGAACCAAAAGAGGAAGAAAAGAAGCCUCCCAAAGAAAAGGAGGAAGCCAAGAAGCCUCCCAAAGAGAAGGAGGAAGUCAAGAAACCUCCCAAAGAAGUGAAAGAAAAAGCAAAACCCCCCAAAGAACCAAAAGAGGAAGAAAAGAAGCCUCCAAAGAAAGGAGGAAGCCAAGGAAACCUCCCAAGAAAAGGAGGAAGCCAAGAAACCUCUCAAGAAGUGAAAGAAAAGCAAAACCCCCCAAAGAACCAAAGAGGAAGUAAGAAGCUCUCAAAGAAAAGGAGGAAGCAAAGAAAACCUCCCAAAGACAAGGAAGAAGCUAAGAAACCUCCCAAAGAAAAGGAAGAAGCUAAGAAACCUCCCAAAGAGAAGGAGGAAGUCAAGAAACCUCCCAAAGAAAAGGAGGAAGCCAAGAAACCUCUCAAAGAAGUGAAAGAAAAAGCAAAACCCCCCAAAGAACCAAAAGAGGAAGUAAAGAAGCCUCUCAAAGAAAAGGAGGAAGCAAAGAAACCUCCCAAAGAAAAGGAAGAAGAUAAGAAACCUCCCAAAGAGAAGGAGGAAGUCAAGAAACCUCCCAAAGAAAAGGAGGAAGCCAAGAAACCUCUCAAAGAAGUGAAAGAAAAAGCAAAACCCCCCAAAGAACCAAAAGAGGAAGUGAAGAAGCCUCUCAAAGAAAAGAAGGAAGCCAAGAAACCCCCCAAAGAAGUGAAAGAAGAAGCAAAAACCCCCAAAGAACUGAAAGAGAAAGUGAAAAAGCCUCCCAAAGAAAAGGAGGAAGCCAAGAAACCUCCCACAGAAAAGGAGGAGGCCAAGAAACCUCCUAAAGACGUGAAAGAAGUAAAAACCCCCAAAGAACCAAAAGAGGAAGUGAAGAAGGCUCCCAAAGAAAAGGAAGAAGUCAAGAUACCUCCCAAAGACGUAAAAGAAGUAAAACCUCCCAAAGAACCAAAAGAGGAAGUCAAGAAACCUACCAGAGAAAAGAUGGAAGUCAAGAAACUGCCCAUAGAAGUAAAAGAAGUAAAACCUCCUAAAGAACCAAAAGAGGAAGUGAAGAAGCCUCCCAAAGAACCAAAAGAGGAAGUCAAGAAACCUCUCAAAGAACCAAAAGAGGAAGUCAAGAAACCUCUCAAAGAACCAAAAGAGGAAGUCAAAAAGCCUCCCAAAGAAAAGGAAGUCAAGAAACCUCCCAAAGAAGUGAAAGAAGUAAAACCUCCCAAAGAACCAAAAGAGGAAGUGAAGAAGCCUCCCAAAGAACCAAAAGAGGAAGUCAAGAAACCUCUCAAAGAACCAAAAGAGGAAGUGAAGAAACCUCCCAAAGAAAAGGAGGAAGUGAAGAAACCUCCCAAAGAAGUGAAAGAAGUAAAACCUCCCAAAGAACCAAAAGAGGAAGUCAAGAAACCUCCCAAAGAAAAAGCUGAAGCAAAACCUCCCAAAGAAAAGGAGGAAGUCAAGAAACCUCUCAAAGAGAAAGAAGAGAAGAAACCUCCCAAAGUAAAAGAGGAAGUAAAGACACCUCCCAAAGUGGAGAAAGAAGAUAUUAAAAGGAAAGAAAUCAAGACAGUUGCUAAACCCAAAAAGAUUAUUCGAGUAAUCAAGAAGGAGGCUGCACCAGUGCUGACGAAGGAACAUGUUAACAUCACAAAAGCAGUCGAGGUUGAACCAAAACCAAAACCCACACUGGUUCACAAAGAUGCUGAGGUUACCAAAGAAAAGGCCAAAAAAGCUCCUCCCAAGAAAGAAGCUCCAAAGGAAAAGGUCAAAGCUGCUCCUGUUAAAGAGGCAGCUGCUCCAAAAGAAAAGGCCAAACCAGUUGUUCUGGCUAAAGAACCAGAAGUCGCUCCGAAAAAUGUUUCUCUGGUCAAAGAGAAAGUCAAAGUAGUCCCAAUCAAGAGAGUGCAAAAACACAGAGUCAGAGCAGUUUCUGCCAAGAUCGCUGAGGUUCCAAAACCAAAGCCGAAACCGACCCCGGUUAUUAAAGAAGCUGAGGCUCCACACAAAAAUGUGUCUCUGACCAAAGAAAAGGUGAAGGUCACACCACUGAAGAAAGUGCCUGUGACCCCAAAAGAGAAAAUCAAAGCAGCACCAGCAAUAAAAGAAGCUGAAGUUCUCAAGGAGAAAAAGGCAGGGCCAGUUGCCAAAAAAGUACCUGUUACCAAAGUGAAACGUACACCACCUGAAAAGAAGAAAGAACCUGAGGCCAAACCAGUCCAUGCCAAAAAAGAAGUUACAAAGGAGAAGCCUAAAGCAGCCCCUGAAAAGAAAGAGCCUGUAGCAAGAAAAGAAAAGCUCAAACCACACCUUAAGAAAAAAGAGCCUAAAGUCCUAAAGAAGAAAGUCAAACCGAUUCUUACAAAAGCUGCAUUGAGGAUAAAGCGCAGGCCUGUUCGUAUGAAGAAAGAACUGGAGACUCUUAAAGAGAGGCACAAAGCUGCUGCAGUGAAGAAAGAAAAAGCAGUAGAGAAGAGGACAGUGAAAGAAGAGAAAACUAAAGUGGACAGAGUUUUGAAAGAGAUACAGCAGCCUGCAAAGAAAGAAAAAGCAGUGGAAAAGAAAGCUGCCAAAGAAGAAAAAGUAAAAGCAGAACCUGCCAUAUCAGACAGCUAUGUUAUGGAUGACGAGCUGCCCUACUUCCAGUGUUUCUUUGUGGAUGAGGAUGAAGCCCAGUUUCCAUUCUAUGCUUUUUCACCACUGAUAUUUUGAAACUUCAGCCUGAAUCCAGUCUGAGGUUUAGUCAGUUUUAUUGAUAAAAUGCCCAGCGCUGCUGAAAUGCAGUCUGCUGUUCAUCGUGGGUCUUCAGGAGAAAACCCAGGGCAGCAGAGCAUCAUGGGUAAUGGACCGAUUUGAUUUUCUUUCCAGAUUUGGUUGAGCUCUCACACCAAAUACAUGCAGCCAGUGUCAUUCCUUUCCUUUCAUUUUAUUUUAUUUUUUUAUCUUGAUAUUGAUAUAAUGGGAUGUCCAGUAUUAAAUGGAACAAUCUAUUCUACUACCUGUGGAUCAUCCAUUUACAUCAUAAAUGCAGAUAAUACAUCUACUGUUAAGAGCCUUUGUGCUGCAUCAUGGUGCAAAUUGUUUUUAAAGGAGUAAAUUGUGCUGUAAACAGGGUACAAAUAUGCCACAUGUACAACUGAGGCCUGAUCGCUCUGAGCCCAGGUUUACUUGAAAAGUGGUUGGUACAGUUGUGUUCCUUUAUUGCUUUUUUUUUUUUUUUUUUUUUUUUUUUUGCUUCACUACAUAAUAGACAUGUACAUAUGUCCAUAAUGCUUAUUAUUCAUUACACUUUUUUUUUUUUUCUUUUUUUUCUUUCUACCAGAGGAAUCACCUCUAAUUUACAACUUUUUUUGUUAUUUUAUUUUUACAUUUCAAAAGGAAUGACCAUGCACUGUAUAUGAGAGCUCCCAAACAUAACUACCUGACUUGUUGACAGUUAAAGUCUUAUUAAACUACACCAUCUACACACUUGUGCUAGUCCUUCAUGUUAAUAAUGGCUACGAUCAACGACUCUGCUCUAAUUCCUUUACCCGUUAGUGUAUGAAUGUGAUUCUCUCUGAAGGCACAUGGGAUUAUUUUCAGAUUAUUUCAGUCAAAGGGAUGAGCGCUGUCAGAAACUGAAGCUGCGUGAUCGACCAAAGAUGCUGUUAAUCAGCGUGACAAUAAGAUAGAAAAAGCUUUUAAUGAAUGGAAAAACCUGACGUAGCUAAACAUGAUUUUAGUCGCAGCGAGUCGGGUUAAGUGCCUUUGCUCAAGGACGUAGCACAGUGGCUAAAUAGGGGAUCAAACUCACAACCCCAACAUCUAAACAGGAUUUAUAAUAACUGAGCGUCCUGUACCAGAUUUCAGAUUGAUCAUGAAUACCUGCAAUUGGACUCGAAGCCAGGUCAUGUAUUCGAAAUCUCUGAAAAAUGAUAGAAAGAUAAUGCACCACUGGUGUUAACGUGGUAAAACGUUUAUAUCUUUCAUUAUGUGAAAACAUUGUGUGCUUAUUCUCAGAGUUGUGACAGAGGGUGUCACAUGUUUGGACAGAUUGACGUUGUAAACUGGACUCUGGUACAUUCAAUCUCAGCUUGUACCAGCCUUUGUUUACAUGUGACUCUAUACAUUUUACUCCAUAUGUUGUCUAGAAGACAGUUAGCACUAAUCCUGAAGCUAUACAUAAUCUUUUUAAUGAGAUACAAUGAAAACACACUAUUCAUUGAAAGAUGGUGCUGUAAUUUCCAGUCUAGUCCAGUAUGAAGAUGGAGUUUGGUGGAUUUUUAUUUAAGAUGCUCCAUUAUCAGUGAUGAAGUGGGCAUCCGGUCUUUGAAUAUUUCUAUGAGGUGUUACAUCUAAGUGAAUAUUUUUGCCAAAUAAGAGACGUAUAUUUAUGAUGGAAUAAUAAAAAAAAAUGUAGAACAAUGACAUGUUUUAAUAUCUCACUGAAACCAGGUACACAUGUGCAAUAAAUAAAUGAU